AUGAAUAUAAAAGUGCUGGGACUGUGACUGGCUGCAUUACUGAGAAGCAAGAAAGCACAAACAAGCACAAUCUCUCCAGCCCUUCUCUGACAAGAAGCUCCAGGAAUUCAGCAGAACAUGCUUCCAACUUCCAACCUCCUGCAGCCCUCAAAAGCCUAUCUGUGUCCCUGCAGCCAGCCUGCACUCACACUCUUUGGCCAGCUGGGAGAUGACAUUCUGAGCAUGAGGAAAGACAUGGUGAGGAGAAGGCAGCAUGUUAAUGAAGCUUGUGAGCUCCUCUUUCAGGACAUGGAUAUGAGAAGAAUAACAGACCAGAGCCGACAGCCCAGAGCCACAGAAACUGAGGGGACCUCUCCCAGCUCAGACAAAGAUGGGAAGGAUCACUUUGAGCUGAUGCUGGAUGUGGGGGACUUUUCUCCUCAUGAAAUAACAGUGAAAACACAGGGAAGGAGAGUGAUUGUGACAGGAAAACAUGAGAGGAAAAGUGACAGUGAGGAUGGGAGCUACGUCCAUGAAUACAGAGAGUGGAAUAGAAGAGCUGAACUGCCAGAAGGUGUGAAUCUUGAGCAAGUUGUGUGCUCCUUAUCCAAGGAUGGGCACCUACAUAUUAAAGCUCCUUGGCUGGCACUGCCACCUGCCCCGGAGAGACCCAUUCCUAUCAGCAUGAAUAUGGCACCAAGUGUUGCACAGCCGAUGCAGAACAGCAAUGCAGAAGGGGACCAACAAAUGAACUAAAUUCUUUACUGAUAAUAUAAAACAAAUUUGCUUACAUUUUCAAAUAUUUAAUUUCAUAGUUUGUGUAAAAUGUAUAAGGUUUUGGUGGCAGAACGUGAUUACUAAUUUUUCCUUAAUAACAUUUAAAUCUAUUUUAGUCUUUUCAAUUACUUUUCCUACACAGUGACACAAUAUCCUGUAUCCUUUUAAGUGUCAGAUAUCAGCCGUAAAGUGAUAGCAUGUGGUUCUUCUUCAUAUGAUUCUUUUCUUGCUUUGUCAGGCAACUUUCAGUUAUAUUUUCUUUAAAAUUUUAACUAAAAGUGUACAUACUUUCUGUUUUUAUGGAAUUUUGCUCAAAAGUCAUAUAGACCACUAUAAUAUAUACUCUGUCUUAGCCUUGGCUAUUACACGGGAUCAUAUUACUUGCAGUAUGAAACUACACUAAUAGCAUUCCAAUCAGGCUCUGUAUUACACUCACCAGCCAAGGCUGCUGAGGUCUGCUGGCAUGUACCAGUUAGAGAUUAACCCAUACAACUGCUCUAGUUACCUUCAAACUGUAGUUUUGCCAACUUCUGCAGUUAUUAGAAAGGAAAAGCAGAAUUUUUAGGUGCUAUUGAAUAGUGCUUGUUACCUGCCUCAUCCUCUGACAUAGCUGGCUGCUGCUAUGGUUCAUGACACACAAGGCUAUAUUGGGUGCUUUAAAGAGAUACUGACACCAGGAAUUAAACUUUUUUUUUUACAUCUA